CACACACACAUAUAUAUAUAUAUAUAGAUUACAUUGCAUAUAUAUAUAUACACAUAUAUAAACUCCUCCGCCAGUUCGCGUCACUUUCAUUCACCUAGACUGCACACUGUUUGUCCCCCAGAUCUCUCCUCGAAACAAUCUUCCUUCUGCCCCUCUCUCUCCCUCUCUGUCUCUCUUUUCAAUUCAGAUGCAGCUGCUCCGGAGCUUCUGAGGGUUUGACUCCAAUCCGGCUCGCUCGAAUUGGACGCGGUUCGGUUGCAAUGGACGGCGGAAAUGGAACGGUCAAGCUCGGCGCGCUCAACCUCAGGCCGGAUCGGGCCCUUGACUUGGCCGCCGCCGACGUGGGGGUCUCCUCCCCCGUGACCAGGCAGAAGGCCGCCGCCGCCAAGCAGUUUAUCGAGAACCACUACAAGAACUACUAUCAGGGACUCCAGGAUCGCAAGGAGAGACGUCGAGCACUCCAGAGGAGGGCACAAGAGGAUCAGGUAUCAACUGAAGAACAGGAGGAGAUGUUGAGGAAUCUGGAGAGGAGGGAGACCGAGUACAUGAGGCUGCAAAGACGUAAAGUUGGAAUUGAUGACUUCGAACAAUUGACAGUGAUCGGUAAAGGCGCGUUCGGCGAGGUCAGGUUAUGCCGAGCAAAGAGUACUGGAGAGGUUUUUGCCAUGAAGAAACUGAAGAAGUCUGAGAUGCUCAGUCGUGGACAGGUUGAGCAUGUUAGAUCUGAAAGGAACUUGCUUGCGGAGGUUGACAGCAGAUACAUUGUACAACUUUAUUAUUCAUUUCAAGAUUCCGAAUUCUUAUACCUCAUUAUGGAAUAUCUUCCGGGUGGUGACAUUAUGACAUUACUUAUGAGAGAGGACAUUCUCUCUGAAGAUGUGGCUCGCUUUUACAUAGCUGAGAGCAUUCUAGCUAUACACUCAAUUCAUCAACACAGUUAUGUGCACAGGGACAUAAAGCCAGAUAAUCUGAUACUGGACAGAAAUGGACAUUUGAAACUUUCAGAUUUCGGUUUGUGUAAACCUCUUGAUGACAAGUAUUCAACAAUCCUAUUGGAAGAAGAUGACUUAAAUGCUCAAGAACCUAUGGGUUCAUCUGAAGGGCCCUCUGGUGUGGAUAGAUUGCCUUGGAUGAUGCAAAAGGAACAACUUUUACGAUGGAAACGUAACCGGCGCCAACUGGCUUAUUCAACCGUUGGCACUCUUGACUACAUGGCACCUGAGGUGCUGCUGAAAAAGGGAUAUGGGAUGGAGUGUGAUUGGUGGUCCUUGGGGUCUAUCCUGUAUGAAAUGCUUAUUGGUUAUCCUCCCUUCUAUUCUGAGGAUCCAAGGAUUGCUUGCCGCAAGAUAAUUAAUUGGAAAACAUGCCUCAAGUUCCCUGAAGAUGCAAAAAUAUCCCCCGAGGCUAAGGAUCUGAUUUGCCACUUGCUUUGUGAUGUUGAAACACGGUUGGGGACUGGAGGUGUUGAAGAGUUAAAGGCACAUCCAUGGUUCAAAGGAAUUCACUGGGACCUGCUAUAUGAGAUGGAAGCAGCGUUUAAACCCAGAGUCAACGGAGAGACAGACACACAGAAUUUUGAGAAAUUUCCAGAUGUGGAAGACCCACCAUCCUCGAUGCCAACUGUUGGACCUUGGAGAAAGAUGUUGACGUCAAAGGACACUAACUUCAUGGGGUUCACAUUUAAGAAAUCAGAUGUUCUUAAAUCCCUUGAAAGUUCAGGUGCUGACAUGAAACAGCACGGAGUUUCGAGGACACCAUCUCUUGUAUCCUUGUUAGGACAGAUGGAACUGCAGGAAGCUGGGAUGUCAAUGGAGGAGCAAACACGGGGAAGUUGAUCAAAUCUGAGGUGCUUCAUUCACUGAGCCCAUAUUAAACUCGAUCAAGUGACGAGUGGCACGGACAACCGUGAGCUCGAUCUUUGACUUAAACAUGAUUACGAGCAUUAUUCUUUUUGUUCUCGAAUGUAACUGUUGUAUUAUUAGUUACUCCUGUAAAGGCGAGAGUACUCCAUAUAUGCGAUGUUUCAUUUUUGAGAAUCCUUCUUUUUUUUUUCCCCUUUCCUAAAUAACAAGUCCCAUCUACAACUUUUUGUAAUUCACAGCAUCCAAGAUUUUGUUGUC